AAAGCUGAUAAGUGUUAAGUUGAAAUAAGAGUUAAGUGCACAAUUCGUAUCGCUAGAGGUUUUACGUAAACACAGCUUUCUGGUGCAUUCACGAAGCAAUACGGGUAGGCACAGGAAAUUGGAAUUCCUUGCCGAACCGUUGUAUAUCCCUGCGAAAGAAGAAGAACAAGAAGGAAAAGCAAAAUUGAAAAAAUCGAAUUUACAAUAAGACCUGGUGCUGAAUAAUCGUGUUACCAAUGAUUAAAUUGUUAAAUACAUUGACGUAAAAGCGUGCAUUUUGUGAGUUUUAAGAAGGUGUUCCCGCCGAGAAGCAAGAUUGUAGCAAUAUGCCGGAGGAAGCGAUCAAAAAUGAAGGUGAAAUCGAAAACGUUCGAGUCGUGGUCCGGGUACGCCCGAUGGACAAAAACGAGCUGGAUUCUAACUGCCAGAAUGUAAUCAAGGUGGACAAAGGGAACCGGAGCAUUACCGUCGUCAAGCCGAAUGCUAAUGCCAGCGAGCCGCCCAAGGUGUACUAUUUUGAUAACGUUUUCGGCGAAGAUUCGACACAGAUUGAUCUCUACGUUGACACUGCGCGGCCGAUCGUCGACAAGGUGCUGGAAGGAUACAAUGGCACCAUUUUGGCAUACGGACAAACGGGUACCGGCAAAACCUACACCAUGUCGGGUAAUCCUGAAUCUCCCCAGACGAAGGGAAUCAUCCCGAACACGUUCGCGCACAUCUUCGGACACAUAGCGCGCGGUAAGGAAAACCAAAAGUUUCUCGUUCGCGUCAGCUACAUGGAAAUCUACAACGAGGAGGUGCGUGAUUUGCUCGGCAAGGAGUUGAACAAAAGCCUGGAAGUGAAGGAACGCGCCGACAUCGGCGUGUUCGUGAAAGACCUGAGCGGGUACGUCGUGCACAACGCGGAUGAUCUCGACAACAUCAUGAAGCUGGGCAACAAGAAUCGAGUCGUUGGUGCGACAAAAAUGAACUCGGAAUCAUCUCGAUCUCAUGCGAUCUUCUCGAUCACCGUUGAAUCGAGCGAAACGGACGAAUCCGGUCGACAGUACGUGCGUAUGGGCAAACUGCAGCUGGUAGACUUGGCCGGUUCCGAGCGGCAGAGCAAAACUCAAUCGUCAGGAUUGCGCCUGAAGGAAGCGACCAAGAUCAACUUGUCACUGUCGGUGCUGGGCAACGUGAUCAGCGCACUUGUCGAUGGUAAAAGCACGCACAUUCCCUAUCGAAACUCGAAACUGACGCGUUUGCUGCAGGACUCGCUUGGUGGCAACAGCAAGACCGUGAUGUGCGCCAGCGUUGGUCCAGCUGAUGCGAACUACGUCGAAACCAUCUCGACGCUCCGGUAUGCGUGCCGUGCGAAGAGCAUCCAGAAUCUGGCACACAUCAACGAGGAACCGAAGGAUGCGUUGUUGCGUCACUUCCAGGAGGAAAUCGAGGAAUUGAAGCGCCAACUAGAGGAGGGCAUUUUCCAGCAAGGAAUCGAGAGUGGCGAAGAGGAGGAAGAAGAAGAGGACGAAGCCGACGGUGAGAAUGACGAGGAUGCGGUGGAAGAGCAGUGCGAACAGGACGCUGACCGGGAGCGGGAGCGGUUGGAGCGCAAGGAAAAGCGUCGUAAGGAGCGGGCUCGAGAGCGGAAAGAAAAGAGCGACGCAGAAAAGGAGCUGUUGGAGAAAAAAGCGAUGGAAAGUCAGCAGGAACUGAAGCAGGCUAAAUCGGAACAAGAUCAGCUGAGAGCUAAGCUUUCGUCGCUGGAGAACAAGAUCCUGGUGGGAGGUGAAAAUCUGCUCGAGAAAGCGAAAGAACAGGAGCUGAUAUUGGAGAACUCGAUAACUGAACUGGAGCAGCGUACCAAGACGGAGCGUGAAUUGAAGGAAAAUUUGCAAAAAAUCGAAGCUGAACGCAUCGACAUCGAAGAGCGGUACAAUUCGCUGCAGGAGGAGUGCGUGGGCAAAACGAAAAAGCUGCAGCGCGUUAUGUCCAUGCUGAUGAGCAUCAAGUCGGAGCUUGCGGAUCAGCAGCAGGAGCAGCAGCGCGAAAAGGAGGGCAUUUACGAGAACAUUCGCAGCCUUUCGCGGGAGCUAGCGCUCUGCGAGUUGGUUAUAAAUUCGUACAUUCCGAAGGAGUAUCAGAACAUGAUCGAAAAGUUCACCCACUGGAACGAGGACAUUGGCGAGUGGCAGCUGAAGUGCGUCGCGUACACCGGCAACAACAUGCGCAAGAACAUCCCAGAACCAAAGGUCAACACCAAAGAGACGGAUCUGGUCGAUCUGUCACACGUGUAUCUCAGCUACAACACGGAGUCGGUCGCGGAACCGAUUCGGGCCAAGACGGCACGUCCGCGCACAUCCGGCAUCGCUCGUCCAACGACCGCUAGGAAAUACUACUAGAGGAAGAAAAAACCGUCAUCAUCCAACUAGAGGAGCAGGGAGAUUUAGAAAAAAAAGAAAGUAUUUUACUAAUGAGGCUGGGUUAUGCUUUUAGCCGAUGAGGCCAACCACUUUGAUUAUCAUCAACAUCCAGUAUGCACCUUUCUUCACGUGAUAGAAUGAUUUCACGGAGUGAUAUUUACCGUAGGGAUGUGCGAGCAGGAGCAUGCAAGGUCUCAGAGUAACGUCAAGGGGGAGGGCAAUUUUAUCGUUUUGUGUCUUGAAGAAAAAAAACCCUUUAGAUGCCCCUUGAUAAUGAGGUAGUUGAACAGAUUGCAUUAAACGCACAACAGCACGGCAAUGGCAAUGACACCGGAAUGUGCAAUUCGAUACUAGUCGCUUUUCAUCGAUCGCAAGAUCGACGUUUGUUAGUUGAUGUGUAAAACUUAACCGAGAUCUUAACCUAUUUUUAUUAUAUGCACUUAAACCGUGACAGGCAUCGCUAUGGACUAGCUAUAGCCAGGAGAAUGUUUCGUCAAUAGAGGUACUCUUGUUUAGGGAAGCCCUCGGGAGGAUUUCAUUCUAAGAGUAAGUUAGUACUGCUUCGGAUAGGUUCGCUUCAUAUAGAAUUUGUGUACGCUUUGCUUCUGUAACACCAAAAGGCUAUUUUCAACUGAUUUCUACCAGAUACGAUAAAAGUGUGUAACGUAAGAAUUAGCAGAGAUGGUCCGGCAGUCGUCGCCCGAAUAAUUUACCUCGUUUCAACCUCAAUCGUACCAGUGAGCAUGAAGAGCCAGGUGAAACCCGGUGUACCAAGUACGCGAGCAGACAAACAAAAGUUAUUGAUAAUUUGAAGGACAGAUGAACAAAAACCAAACCGUUGAGAGGAAUUUGCUGUGGUUGUGACAAUAUUCUAGUAACGUUUAGAUAAAGACAAAGGGUUUAAUUUCGUGUACAGAGUUCCGUUCCGUUUUGGUAGUGUGCGCACUUUCACUUUCGGUUGUUUUAGAGAGUUUUCUUUUCUCGGCACGCAUCUAAACGCAUGUUUUCCAUCGAAUGGGGCAACCAAAACCCGAAAAUAGAAUCCAUCAACCGUCACCUAGUGUGUGUGGCCCAAGUGGGCAUUCAACUAACAGCACUUAGUUGAACGAGUACUCACAGCUCGUCCUGGUUAGUCUGGUUUCAGGCUGGAGUAGCACGUAGCAAACAUCAGGCGGAGAAAGUCGACCUCCUCAGUCAAACGAUGGUAGCAUAAUACUCCCGUAGUGCAGGCGUACCUUAGUAGAGAUCGAACACUUGAAACAAAACAUGUAUUUCUAGGCUAGUCAAAAUGCUGCAACAAUGCUGCAAAAACGCUUACAUAAUAGCACUCGAUCGGAAUUAACGCUUACACACAAAUGCGGUGUAAGAAUGCGUAAGCUUUGCUGCUAAAAUCAAACAUGACUUUGCAUAUGCACUAACCCAGCAGAAGAAUAACCGCAAUACUCAACAACACAUUUGCACAUCCAUUGUACGGAGUUCUUAUAAAAUAUAAAACAUAAAAAACCACACACCGUGUGACUGUUUGGGGUUUUCUUUCUAAUCGAAAGGCGAACGACGAUAAAAACGUGCAAUAAGGUAUCAGUUUAUAGGUUUAAAUAACUGGUAAAUUUGUACAUCCGGAGGUGUGUAAACGUAAUAAAUAAUGUAUGUUUGGUCAGCAUAAAAAAUGCAACCCUCUACGCGCACCUACACUGGUACUAUACACUACCGACUAACACUAAUGCGCAAGCAGUUUUCCUUCCGCCUGGCGGACGAGGGUCCCUGCA